UGCCCGUGCUGCCCCGUUCUGCCCGUGCUACCUCGUGCUCCUGUGCUGCCCCCGUGUUCCCGUGCUGCCCCCGUGUUCCCAUGCUGCCCCCGUGCUGCCCCCGUGCUCCCGUGCUGCUCCCAUGCUCCCGUGCUGCCCCGCUCUCCCCGUGCUGCCCCGUUCAGCCCUUGUGCUGCCCCGUUCUGCCUGUGCUGCCCCGUUGUCCCCGUGUUGCCCCGUUCUUCCCGUGUUGCCCCGUUCAGCCCGUGUCCUGCCCCGUUCAGGCCGUGUCCUGCCCCGUUCUGCCCGUGUUGCCUCGUUCAGCCCGUGUCCUGCCCCGUUCUGCCCGUGUUGGCCUGUUCUGCCCGUGCUGCCCCGUUCUGCCCGUUUGUGUCCUACCCGUGCUGUCCGUACCCGUUGGUGCCCCACCCGUGCUGUCAGUUCUCGCUCGUGCCCCACCCGGUCUGUGCUGCCCGGUCUCGUGCUGCCCGUCACCCCCGUGCGGCCCGUCCCGUACAGCACCUAGUUGCUACCCGAACCCGCUACCCGUACCCGUGCUCCUCGCACACCGUGCACCAGCUGCGGGGCGAUCAACCGCAGCCGGGCACCUGUUCCACCGCGGUGGUUCAGAUGCUGCUUGGUGGUUGCUGCUUGUCAGCUUCAGAGGGGGCCCCUUGCUGGUGUUCCCACGCCCUGUAA